GAUUGGUAAAAAAUUAUUAUCAAUUUUAUGAUUGUUGUUUUCAAGAUUAACUUCAAUUUAUUGAAUUAUUUGAACGUAUCUAAUUAGAUUACUGUCUAAUAAUCUUUGAUGUGUGAAUGAAUUUGUUCACGAAUAAUAUAAAAAUGUUUUCCAAAUCCAAAUCUUAUUCAUCCCACCCAGAGCUUAGCAUUUAUGCUUUUCCAUUACCCGAAGCGGACGUGCCUAGAAAAGGCCCGAAUGCUCGUAAACGAAAAGGAGAACCACUUGGAGUUCCUUCUCCCAUUGACUAUCCAAACAUUCAUGAACCAAAAAAAUUACGCGAGGUAGAAUUCCCAGACCAUUUCUGUCCGUUUCUUCCUCAACAUCAACCACAAAUACAUUUAGGUCAGCGUGAAAAACACAAGAGAUAUCAGAAACGAAAACAAUUGGUGAAAAACCUGAGAAUUACGUCGUCAGAACCACUACUCAACAAGAUCAUCGAAUCUUCGAAAUCGAAUCAAAUUUUCAAAACGUCUAUUCCAAACGAUGCUACUAUCGGAAAAAAACCAAAUCCAAAAGCGAUCGAUCUCUCGCAUCUUAUUAAGAAUAGUCCAUUGGCACAUCUCGUUGAUAACCCAUUCGUUACUAAAAUGGAUAACGAGAUCAAGAAAGUUGUCGAUUCUGCCAGUGUUCCCGAGUUCACGUUCAAACCUAUCUUGAGUAAAAUAAUCGAUGAUUUAAACGAAUGUGUCAAAGUCGAAGGAUGUACAAAUAAAUGGAAUUGCUUUGGCUCGUUUUUAUACGGAUUAGUUUGGGGUGGUAGCGAUAUUGACAUUUAUUACGAAUGUGUAAGUGACGGUUCCGCUGUCGUACCUACUGGUCUACCCACCAAAAUGAGAAAAUGGCUGGGUAAAAGUAAAAAAUUCUAUAAAGUACUUUACGUCAAGAGCGCCCGAGUUCCUAUUCUCAAAGCAGUCCAUUUCGAAACGAAGAAAGAACUCGAUAUUUCGUUUUCGAACGCACUAGGAGUUCGAAAUUCUCUGCUGACCAAGUUUUAUCUGAGCUUGAAUCCAAAUUUGAAAUACUUGAUUUUAUAUUUGAAACACGUACUCAGAAAAUUCAGCCUCCAUGGAACGGCUAAAAUAACCACUCACAUAUUGAUUUGGCUCGUUUGCUUUUUCAUGCAGCAGAAGAACUUACUUCCUGCGGUAAAGGAUGUACGAAAAUCAGCCGAAAUCAAGACCGAAGUACAAGGAUGGGAUUGUUCCGUACCUGAUGUUUACUCGUUCAAGGUUGAGCCAGUUUCGUUGUAUUCUCUGGUGCUGGAAUUCUUCGCUUUUUACAAAGAUUUCGAUUUCUUGAACUACGUCAUUAGUCCAUUCCUCGGCUACGCUGUUCUGCUGAGUGAUUUCGAACGUGGACAAGUUGCUACCGACGAGUUGGCCGUUUAUUACAAUCGAGUACAGAAUAACGAUCAACGCUCGUUUUCCAGAUGGAUUAUGAAUAUACAAGAUCCUACAGAUUUGAGCUUCAAUAUUACCAAACAGGUGAUCAUAUGGAAUGUGAAUAGGUUCAAAAUCUUGUGUCAUUCGUUCAGCCUUGCACUACCGAAUGAUGUCUUCGAACUUGGUAAAAUCGAAAGUUUGAAUGGAAUUUUUCCUAAUCGUAAGAUAGAUUUCGAUCAGUACAAGUCGCACAAUUUGACUCAGUAUGCUACGUUCAUAGUACAGAGCAAGAGCCUGGAAACCAUUUUCGAUAAAUUUAAUCACGACUAUAUGUUAGAGACAAUACGUAAAGUAAUGGAAUUGGUUUUCGGAUUCGACAAGAAGAGCGUAGUAGUUGCUGAGAACGUCACUCAGAAUUAUGUUCAGGAUGGAAAAGGUACUAAACUCGCAUCUUCGAAUCUUUAUUUGGAAUAUUGUUCGUCGGAGAGUACGUGGAACAAUGAAUAUAUUAAAGAACUCGUUCCCAGAAGUGAAAAUGAGAAAGAGCAGUUUAGAGUUUAUCUCACGUGCGAAGUCUGUGUAGAAAAGAAGUUGAUUCGCGUGUUUGUUCAAGGAGAAGGUAAUUUCGUUGAAUUUAUGCGUGCACAAGGAUCCAAACUGUUUGCAUUUGGGUUAACUGAAGUUGUACCUGCUUAAAUUGUAUUGUUUAAUUUUUUUUAACGGAAUAAAUAAUGGUUUUUUAACGUCUUGAAGAAGUUUAUUUUACUUAUAGGUAAUUUAAGAUUUUGUAGAAAAUUAGAAAUAUCCAUUAAAGUUUGUGUUUUUUACUGUA